AUGUAUAAAUACAUUGUGCCAGAGUCCGGCUCCAGAAGGUCCAGGGGUUCCCAAAGGAUGAACGGCGUCGCGAAAAGGCAGGUCAACAAGCAGAUUGAAUCUCCAGAUUCUUAUAGGAGGCAGAUACCUGUCACAACCUCAACAGCCAACACCAUGUGUGGAAGCUACUACGGAAACUCUUAUGGAGGCUGUGGCUAUGGAGGCUGCGGCUAUGGAGGCUGCGGCUAUGGAGGCUGUGGCUACGGAGGCUGUGGCUAUGGAGGCUGCGGCUAUGGAGGCCUGGGCUGUGGCUAUGGCUCCUGCUAUGGCUGUGGCUUUCGCAGACUAGGCUGUGGCUAUGGCUUUGGUUCUGGCUGUGGCUAUUACUACUGA